AUGGUUUGCUCGCGCUUUGCCGGUUUUGCAAUGGUUGCACUCGCGUGCAUCGCGGCAGUGUGCGCUAACCACGUCCACUACAACUGGACCGUACAGGAUAUCGAGAACGUGAAUCCAGACGGACUGCAUCCACGCCGUGCCAUUGGCAUCAAUGGUCAGUGGCCACCGCCACCCAUCAGCGUCAACUCCACGGACAAGCUCACUGUGAAUGUGACCAAUGGUCUCGAAAGUCGUGCGCAUACUACCCUGCAUUCGCACGGCAUCUUUUUCAACCGCACAAACUUUUUCGACGGCGCCUCGAUGAUCACACAAUGCCCAAUUCCCGCCGGCUGGAGCAUGAAACAGGAUAUUCUCAACUCCGACCUCUCUCCCAACGAGACAUACGGCCAGCAAUGGGGGACAUACUGGGCCCAUUCGCACUACCGGGGGCAGUAUGUCGAUGGCUUCCGCACUCCUCUAGUCAUCCACAAUGCAGAUGGCGAGGCGUACGCGUACGACGACGACUACGUCGUCACGCUCGGCGACUGGUAUCACCAAUCGCAUGCACACUUGAACAAGACCAAAUUCAUGGUGAGCACGAAUCCAGGCGGCGACGAGCCUGUGCCAAAAUCGCACCUGAUGUAUUUCCAGCACGUUCCUGCUAAUGGCGAAGCCAAGAAUUUGGAUGGCUUUAACGAGAAUGCAACGCUGCCGUUCCAGCCGGGUAAAACGUAUCGCCUCCGUAUUAUCAACAUGUCGGCUCUCGCCAUGUUUCACUUUUGGAUCGAGGGGCACGAUAUGAAGAUCAUCGAAGUGGACGGCGUCGAUGUUCAGGCGUUUCCAGUGGACUUUGUCUCGAUUGCCGCUGCACAGCGCGUCUCGGUGUUGGUCCAUGCGCGCGCGUCAGACGAUUCCAAUUGGAAGAUUCAUGCGGCAGCCGAUCCCGAUAUGUAUGACGACAUCCCCAAGACACUCAAGUUGAACACCACCAGCACACUUUCCUACGGCGAUAAUAAGCCGUUCGGCCAUGGCCGCGCGUUCCUGGACAACUUUCCGUUAUUUGACGACACUGUGCUUGUUCCUUUGCGCCCGAUCGCUCCAUACCAAGUCGCCAAGCACAGCACUCGCCGUGUCGAUAUCGACUUUACCGCACACAAAAAUGGCUUAACGUACGCCGGUUUUAACAACAUCACGUUCCAGCAGCCGUUAGUGCCCUCUUUAUUCACCAUGAAGUCAAUGGGUAUGCAGGCAAUGGACCCGCGCAUGUUUGGUCCGAAUGGCCAUGCGGUUGUUGCCAAACACAUGGAAACAGUGGAGCUCGUUCUGUACAAUUGGGAUGAUGGGUCCCAUCCUUUUCACAUGCACGGCACACAGUUCCAAAUCACGCACCGCUCCAUGAAUGUUUCCUCCCCCGACCCCAGCAUUAAUCCGCCCAGAAACGUUACCAAGGCGAAUCCUGUCCGCCGCGACACUGUGCAGGUCCCCGCCCUGGGCAGUAUCACAAUUCGCUUUAUCGCCGAUAACCCGGGCGCUUGGUUCUUCCACUGCCACAUCGACUGGCACUUGACGCAGGGACUGGCCAUGCUUGUAAUACAGGCGCCUGAUAUCGUACAAAAUGAGUUCCAAAUACCUGCGGCCCUUUACGAACAAUGCAAGGCCCAUGGACUGCCCUCCGAGGGAAAUGCAGGCGGCAAAUGGUCUGCAACGGACUUUGGUCAUUUGCCGAGACCGCCUAUGCUCAACCAGACCGUUUGGCAUAAUGGCAUCGCCUACUAA